CCUUACCUCUGUGUUAUCCUGCAUUUAAUACUUACUACCUAAAUCCUGUUAGAGAUUUCAGGCAUACGUUUUUUUGGGAAUUAUCAUCUAGGUCACAAGUUUCAAAAGAAUAUUUUGUUAAGGAAUAUGGGACUCCACCUUCGUUUCGUGUAGAACAGGUUGUGAUAACAAACUUAAGGAAACAAAAUAUGGGUAGCGAUGUUGGCGUUUUGAGAAAAGAUAUAUUAUUAUUGGUCUUAAACCUGCAAAAGAGAAUCAUGGACACUUUCGUAAUGGGCCCUAACCUUUCACCUACUAAAAAAUAUUCCCUUUCAGAUUUAUGUCUCAAACCUUUUAAUAAUAAUACCUGUUUAAUUCAUUCUCCACUUGUUUAUUGGCUAAAUAGUGCUGAAUAUCUUUCUUCUGACUCUUCUAUUCUUAAAACACUCACAUUGAAAAGAGAAACAUUCGCUGGAAUGUUCGUUCCAAUAAAUUCGGUCUUUGGAAAUGUUGUGUAUUACAAAAAGAAAAUUGUUAGUGCGGAUUCAAUUAUUUUGACAUAUUUUUUGAAAGACAUGGAGGAAUGCAAUGAAAGUCAGACAAUGGCUAUUUGGGACGCAAUUUGGAAAAAAGCUAUAAAUGAUAAUGACACUACUUUUCGUCUCGCUGAUGAUCAAAUUAUAGAGAUAAAUAUGAACAAUCAGGGAGAAUCUAGAUUUGGUCUCUUUUUCUCAAUUGUGGCUCACGUUGUUGUUUCGUUAAUUAUGUCACUUAGCAUCUGUUCUUUAUUUGGUGUUACUUUAACAUUUACCUCUUUAUCUUGGAAACUAUUGCCUCUUGUCUUUAUAUUUGCCAGUAUUGAAAUAAUGUUCAUUUUAACAAACGCAAUAGCAGCGACACCUAUGCAAUUGAAUAUAGAAGAACGCACCGCUUUAGGUCUUGAAAAAGUUGGGUAUAAUAUUACAAAGAUGCUUUUAAGUUGGCUUUUGUUGUUGUUAAUUUUUUCAGCGACAAACAUUGGCUCGAUUAAAGAAUUCUGUAUUUUCACUUCGAUUGCUAUGAUUAUCAAUUAUAUGUUACAAAUGACAUUUUUUGUAGCGAUCUUGUCAAUUAAUCUUGAAAGAUUAGAAUUAGAGAUGUCUUAUUUAUAUAAUAAAGCUGAUAAAGAAAUCAUUCCUCUUUCACAAACAAACAAUUAUGCUCGUAGGAUUGGUAGUUCAUUAGUGAUUCUUAUCUUCUUGGCAGCCAUGACGAAUGUUCAUAAUAUUAGUAUUGACUCGCUAUCCAUAAAGACCACAUUAGGCAAUUUAGUUGAUAACUUAAUAGAUUUUCCCGCCACACGUACAAAUAUUACUUAUUGGGAAUCAUCAAUGGAUGAUGGGUUUCGGAGCAUUGUUAAUCUGGACAAAAAAAAUCAAUUUAUUGAAAUUCGGCCGACUAGAUAUUUGACUUUAUCUUAUAACACUGAACAUGAUAAUUAUCGUUCAUUUCAUCCGUUUAGUGACAAUUUGAAUUGGAAGUUAAUUAAAGCGUCUAUAAAAUCUUUAGUUUGGUUUUUCAAAAUUUUUUUGCUCCCUAUUAUUGGUAUAAUAAUUGCAAUAUCUUUUCUUAUGGGUCUUUUAUUACCAACGGACUUAGUAAUUCGUAUUUCUAGAUUUUUUAAAAGGCCAACAACUUCAUCUUUUAGAAGUUCUUCUACUUUAUAUUACACCGCCCCUCGAAUAGUAACUUUACGUGGUCAUCAUUCAGCAGAUAUAAAUUUUCUUUGUGCGAACUUAAAUGGUGUUAUAAUCACAAGUGCUACUGACAAACAUAUUACAUUAUGGGACGGGAAACAAGGUGUGCCAUUAAGAAAACUUGAAAGAUAUAUGCGUCGCUGUGAAACGUGUAAAUGUAAUAGUACUGGAGGUAUGAAAAGUUGUAUUUCAUGGCCAGUUAGGGCAAUGUGCAUGAAUGAAAAGCUUGACCUUGCUGCAGCUGGUUUUGACGAUGGUGUGGUGAGAGUAUGGGAUACAAAAUCGGGGCAAGUAACUUUUAUUUUGAAAAGCAAUGAAAACACUGUUGAAGAUGUUGAACAAAUGUCAGCAAUUAAUGAUCAUUCAGUAAAGGAACGAGUAACUUGUUUGCAAAUUAUAGUAACAGCUUUAAAUCCCCAGAGUAAGUCUAAAUCGACAUCAGAUCAGAAAACAUCAGCUAUACUAUUAGCAACUUAUCGAAAUAGUUAUUUUCGGGAAUGGGAUCCUGUUUCUGGACAAAAUACCCAUACAAUUUUUACAAAUCAAAAAGGUGGUAUCAAUUGCCUCUUCGUGGUUGAUGGCGAAAAACAAAUUUAUGACCUAGAUAAAAUCCAUAUUUUUACUGGAGCACGAGACGGGUCUGUCAAAUGCUGGAUUCGUACAAUUAAUGAUGUAAAUAGCACGAGCAUGUGGAAUUUACUCUAUACAAUUCCAAGUGAUUUUGGAAACGCGAUAACUAGUAUAGCUGCUAAAGUAAUCAGCACAAAGAUUGGUAUUGUGAUUACCGGUGCUAUAGAUGGAGAGGUUAGAAUAUAUGAUUAUCAUACUGGCCAACUUAUCGAGAUAUUGAGUCACGGAACUUUUGGAAAAAAGAAUCUUGCAAAAGAGAACAAAGAGCAACUAUUAUUUAACCGACAGAAACAGAAAAAUACAGGUGGCUUCUCUUCUGAACAGAAUUUGUUUGAAAAAGAUGUCAUUUCCCAUCAGGAUGAAAUUACAAAUAUUAUAAUUCAUCUGCAUAAAGAAGAAAGUUGUCCAUGUGGAAAUACUGAGGAGUCUAGCGGCUUUACAAUAAUAACCUCUUCAUUAGAUGAAAAAGUGAAUUUUUGGCAAUUAUUCCGAAAUGUUGUAGAUUGUGCGUGCACAUCUUUCCUUAUAGGAGAAUUUACGAUUAAUAAUUACGAUAUCGGAGACGCAUCUGAACGAAAAGUUUCUUGGUGGGAUAGUGUUAUAAUAAAAUUUAUUGGGUUUGUGAGACAACCCGACGGCUCGGCAAUUGUUUUUCUUAAAGAAAAUGUAAUUGGAGUUCGUCGCGCUAAAAAUUCACAUAUGCCCAUUAAGAAAUGUCAUAGCACUGAAGGUGAAUGGGAAGUUUGGUCUUUAGAUAUCAACAAUAUUCGUACGCUAGAAUCAACUGAAGAGAUUGAUAAUUCAGAUAAUUCCAUUCACACCGAAUUUAGAGUUAAAACCAUUCCAUUGGUUAGUGAAGAUGAUUUGAUCGUGGAAAAACAACGAAAAAACAAGAAACAACGUAAUAGUGAAAAUGUAGAGGAAUUAAAAGGAUUUAUUAGAAAGCGUAGAGAUAACUCUUUUAACAAUCAUUAUCAAAAUUAUUCACAUGUUUAUAAUGAAAAAGAUUAUGUGCAAGGCCAAGUUGUAGAUUUUAGGCAGCGAAGUCAAAAGCAACGCCUACAUCCAGAUAAUAGUCGCAAUAUAGGAAAAGAUGAUGAAAUGAAUGAAAUGCUACCAUUUGCAUAUAUUCGACAAGUCAUCAAAGUGGGUGGGAAUGGAAUAGCAAUCGCAUAUGGAAACUUUGUAAAAGUUAUAUUGUUUUAA